AUGCGCCACUUCUUCACCGCUGUAUGUGCAGGCCAAGAAAGUGGCGGGACUGAGGCUAGCAGUGGCAGCGGUGGCAGUGGUAGUGGCGUGUCAAGCCCUGUUACCAAAGUUGGCGACAGCGCUAUGACCGUAUACAUCCCGACAAACUCGGUUUUGCACCAGUUUCUGAAUGCUACCGGGAUGGAACCAGACUCUCUUGUGGCUGUGAGUUCCAGCUACAGUGUUUUUUUUGCAAACGACUGGCAGCCAUCACGACUCCUGACACGAACGUAUUUGCGUCAGUGCUUAUCGUGCCCCAUUGAAACGGAGUCACCACAUCGUGUGAUAAAUGUGAAGAUGGCUGGUGUGGACCCAUGUGCGAGACGCAGUGUUUCUUCGUUGCACUGCCCCGUUGGCUCCGUUAGCUGUCGCUCGGCCGACGGUGGGGUUUCUUCAUGCAAUGCGACGACGGGUGGUGGGGCACGGCGUGCGAGAAUCGAUGCUCUUCGGAUCACUGCCCCGUUGGCUCUGUCAGCUGCGACCACGCGAGUGGAAUCGCAACAUCCUGCAGCCAAUGCGAUAACGGAUUCUGGGGGCACAAGUGCGAAUAUGAAAUUAGCCUGCCAACUCAUUGCACCAAAGCUAGAAGUCAGCAGGACGACGGGUCUUCCUUCUGGUGCUUGGCCUGUGAACACGGCUACUGGGGGCCGAUGUGCGAGCAUUCUUGCGAGGUACCGCUGCGAUGCAGAACCUCCCGCUGCGCUCAAGGAAGUGGGAAGGGUUUGUCUUGCAACUACGGGUGGCAAGGGCGCAGUAAACUCGGGAGAGCUUGGCCGUAGGCUACGUGCGAGACAUCAGUUGGACGAGAUCAGGCUUAAAAAAAUGCAUUUAUCUUUCUCAGUCCCGGGACUGCGCGUUAUGAGUCCGCUUUACACUUUCCUACUCGGUACCCACCGUCGGCAUGUUAUUUAA